AUGCCCCCGACGCCCUGCGCCCGCCCGUCGCCGUCCACCGCCGCCUGGAGCUCCGCGAGCCCCACCGGAGCCACCCCGUCGCCCCCUUGCCGUCACCAUCGCCUGGAGGACCACCUCGCCGGCCUGCUUCCUCCUCCCCGCCGGCCUGCCUCCACUCCAUCCGCGUCAUCCCCGACGACCUCCUCGCCCCCCGCUGCCCCGUACCCCUACAACUCCCCCCGAGCUCCCCCCUCUCCUCCUCCGCUCUCUCUCUCUCGCACCCGCCCGUGCGACCACGUCGCCGCGCCCCUGCUCCUGGCCGUGCCGACGCGCGCGCGUGAACCGCGCCCGUGGCGACCCCCAUCGCGCCCUUGGGCCGCGCUGAUGUCGCCUCCCCACUCCGUCGCUCCGGCCAUCCUCGCCUUCUCGCACCACCACCGCGGCCAUCUACGCGCGUGCGCGUCCGGCGCCCGCACUCACGGCGCCCCGCCCACGCGGCCUUGCGCCUUGCUGCCGCUUGUGCGGUGGCCGCCGGCGCCUACCUCGCUCCCCCGCACCUGCCGAAGGCCGCCACUGCUCGUCUCGCCGGCAUGUGUGCCCUACAGCUCCCCGCACCCGGCGCUGCUCCUGACGUCGCCGACCACCGAGGCCCCCAGGCGCGCUCGCCCUCGCCUCUCCUGGCGUCGGCCCGACGCCGCCGUCGAUCCCCGCGGCCACUACGACGGGUCCCCCUCCCGCCUCUGCGCGAAUGCCCCCGACGCCCUGCGCCCGCCCGUCGCCGUCCACCGCCGCCUGCAGCUCCGCGAGCCCCACCGGAGCCACCCCGUCACCCCCUUGCCGUCACCAUCGCCUGGAGGACCACCUCGCCGGCCUGCUUCCUCCUCCCCGCCUGCCUGCCUCCACUCCAUCCGCGUCGUCCCCGAUGACCUCCUCGCCCCCCCGUUGCCCCGUACCCCUACAACUCCCCCCGUGAGCUCCCCCCUCUCCUCCUCCACUCUCUCUCUCGCACCCGCCCGUGAGACCACGUUGCAGCGCCCCUGCUCCUAG